AUGGCGGGAUCAUUGUCCGACGAUGAUCUUGAAAGCGUGCCGACUCCUCGGCCAGUCGCGACGGCUACGGCUGAGGACAGCGAUGAUGAUACUUUUCAAGCCACUGGGACGACAGCAAGUCAAGAUGAAGGCGACAGCGACGCAGACACACCAGCUGCAAAUGCAUGGGACCAUGCAUCCGCUGUAGCCCCGACGUGGCCAGGUCCUUUCGGCUUCCCGACACAUUCCUCGAGCCAAGGGAAAGAGGACUUGGAAGAUGGAAGCAAUCAUGCCAACACUGGCCAUCCGCAGUUCCUGUCCACGCAUGCUGUUCAUGACGGUUGCAAUCCAGCACAUCCAGCAGCGCAGCCCUCGGAAGUUACGGCGGGUCAUGACAGCUGUCAACACUUGCCGCCUCACUCUAACUGGCCUCGAAUCGCACUUGCCGCAACCAUGGAGAGUCAAGUCGUUCGACGGGCGGCCGUGGAGACUUUGGCCUGGUGCAUUGCAGGUCGAGACGAUGGACUGCCUGCCAACCUGUCCCUUGCAGAAUUGGCUAGUUUGAGAGAGGCCAUGGGGGAUGCCUCCAGGCCAUGGGGGACGCCUCCAGGUUCCGGGGCCCUGUUCUUUCGAGGUGUCAGACUGGGCCGGUAUCGUGACGUGAAAGAACGGGUGAUUGAAGGCUUCCCAGGUGGUGUUACAUCCGGCUGCCUCUUGCUUUCGCUGCCAGCCUGGAGCUUUACGAAGGCUCGGGCGUCGUGCUGUAAGUCGCUUGUUUCGAGUAGACCACGGCAGCCAAAGAAUGGAAUUUGA